AUGUCUGGCACAUCAUGUCGCCUACGACCGCUCAGCGCACUCCUGGGCUUUCAUAUCGUCGCCGCUCUCGUUAUUUGUGGAAGGGGUCAUCCAGCUGCGUACGAACUUCCUCCUCUUGCUCCCUCCCUAUAUGCGCGCCAAGACCCUGCGUCGUCCAUCAACUGGUGGCCGUUCCCCGCGUAUAGUCAAUGGAACAAGCCGACCGAUGCAGCGAUCCCCUCGUCCCUCGUUGGGCCUACGGACGUCGCUGUUGGAACUCAACCAUCUCAAACGGCUUCUACAACAUCGCUUUCGGCCGGCCCUUCGCCUACCACUGGGGUCUCGACCACAACACCCUCCGCGCCAUCCUCCACGACAUCCGCUACGUCCGCUUCUUCCAUAGUGCACAUUGCCGCCCUGCCACCAGCGAGCCAACAGUCCUCAGUCACUAGACACCGCAACCAAGUGUUGGCCGACAGCCCCAAGGACUUCAAUUUCGCUUUCCUCUCCCCCGUCUUUGCUAUCUUAGGCGUCGGCGUUGGAAUCGGCGUAACGAUGCUUCUCUAUCGCGUUCUCGGUGGUAGCCUCACCCCUCAAGGCUCCCAUCUCAGGUCCGGUUCGGCCUACACGUCUAGCGCGCUCUCCCCUCACGGAUAUCCUGCCACUCCCCGUCGCUCCUCCCUCGUACCACCAGACCUGACCCCACGGCCAAACAGCGCCCUACUCGUGCCGAAGGAGACGCCUGGCGAUGCCAAAGAGGAGAGCUCCUGGCUCAUGCGGGCACUCUCCACUGUCAGCCGAACGUCCACCGCCACCGGAGCUCCCGCCCGCGACGCGGAACAAGACCCUUUUCUAGCAGACCCUACCGCUGUAUGUGAAGUCGCUCGAGUCGACACUCAACGCCGGAUUGCGCCCGGGUCACGCUCCAUGUCCUCCGACCAGCAUGACUAUGGCGAAGAGGAUGACGUGCUUGCUCAAGCUCCCCCCCGACACAAGUCCAUUAGGCGUAGCAUUCUGGAGCGUCUACGUCUGGGCACUAUCCGCCGGCCUCGAUUCCAGUCGUAUCCUGAAGAGGGAGAUGACGAGGAAUAUCUCGAGCGUCGGCGUACGAUGCGGUCGUGGUCUGCUUCCCAUCGACGACGCGAGAACUCGGGCCCUUGGGACGACGGGUCACCAAUCCGGCGCCCGUCGCACAUGCAAGAGAGGAGGGAUCUCCUGGCGUCUCCUCCUGGGUUCCGCAUCUUGCUCGAGGAUCCGGAGUCUGGUUUCCUGCAGGAAGAAGACGGUUCGCCUGCGGUCUUGCCUUCGCGCGCUGCUACGAUCAUCACCUCCAAACAGGAACCUCCUUCGCAAUCCUCCGACUCUGACGGUGCACAUAUCCCUCGUCCUCCCUCUGACAGGUUCACGCCCAAGCCAAAACGGAGGACGGCUGAGGACAAGCGCAAUAGUCCUUUCACCCCUCCGAGCAAGGCGACUCUCGCUUCUGCACCGCAGUCCCCUAGAGUCUCGCGUCCGCUGUCUGAGCGCCCUCCUCCGUCCUAUCAUUCUCUCGUGGCACCCGCCCACGCUCCAGUUCCAGAUUCCGCGCAUAUCGACAUCUUGCCAUUCAACCCGCCGUUGAUCGCGUCCCCGCCCCUCCAGACGAGCCUCCUGUUUGGUCCCGCUCCCGAGCUUUCCCUCCGUCAUUUCCCCGCUUCCCCGCCGUACCCCAGGGCCUCCAACGACGACACGCCCAAGGCGCGCGGCAAAGGCAAGCAGAAGAAGGACAAGGACAAGCGUCCUGAUAAGCACGCGGACAGACCUCCCCGGAACAAGCUGCACACUGCGCGCGAACCGCCCCCGCUCCCCUUCCCGUCCUCGCCGCAGUUCCACACGCGGCUGACAAAAGCACAUCUGCCUCCCUCUGCGGCAGCGGCGGCGGCGUCGUCGUCGGGGGCGACGCUCCUCGUCCCGUCCGCCGCGGUAGCACGGGGCACGCCCGCGCAGCGGCACCUCGCGCGCAAGACGGCGCUGGGGAAGGUCGACGAGAUCGUGGCGCGGAGCUACGGCGGGGGGAGCCCGGUUCCCAUGAGCCCGAACAACUACGGGAAGAUCGUGGGCGACGCUUGGGGGAAGGGUGCGGGUGCGGGUGCGGAAGAUGAGGUGAUGGGCAUGAGCAUCGAGCAGAGGCUGGAGAUGUCGAAGAGGCGGUAG